AUGUGGGCGGCCUAUCGGACACUGUUGGAACGGCGACCCCUCGCCACCAAGGCUCUGACGGCCGGUGCCAUCAUGGGACUGGGCGAUGCCAUGCAACAGCUGGUCAUUGAGCGCACCCACACCCCCGCCGGCGGGGUGUGGCGCUACGACGCGUUGCGUACAGCGCGGCAGGGAGCGUUUGGUGUGUUCUUCAUUGGCCCUGUCAUGCACAAGUGGUUCGCCAUCCUCGACAAGGUGGUGCCGGCCAGCAAGGUGGGACCUCUCGUGAAGGUGGGGCUGGACCAGGCCAUCAUCGGGCCUCUCGUCUGCUUUUCCUUCUUCAGCCUCAUGGGCCUCAUGGAGGGACAAUCGCCGGCGCAGAUCGAGAACAAGCUCAAAAAUCACUUCUGGCCCACGCUCGUCAUGAACUGGAAGGUGUGGCCAGCGAUUCAGUUGGCCAACUUCUACCUCGUUCCCCUGCCCCUGCGCGUGCUAUGGGCCAACUUGGGCCAGUUUGGGUGGUCCAUGUACCUCUCCCACCAGGCCCACAAGGACGUGGACCACGUGCCCGUGCCCGCCUCUCGCGACGAGUGA